AUGUCUUCCUCACAAUCUCAAGACCGUUUAAAACAACUGCAAGAAAUUGAAAAAGUAUGUAUAAUUUAUAUAUAUAGUAUAAAAUAGUUUAUAACUUUAUAUAGUAUAGUUGUGGAACUUGAAAGAUUUCUGCAUUUUACUUGCUUGAAACUAUAUUUCUUGAGAAAUGUUGACAAUUCUAUUUGUUUGCCAGAAAAUACAAGACCACUCACUACAUGUAGUAAAAUUACUACCAUCUGCUUGAUGAUAGUGCUUCACAAGUAAUUAUGGAUUUAUGGUUUAAUCUUAUAUUUAUUUAGGAAAUUGUUAAGGUAGUAUCAAGUGCUGGUCAUGCUUUACAGGAACUUUCACAAGAACAACCAGUGGAAGAGAAUUUGAACAUGCACACGAGAGAAUUUCUCAACUCACUACAGGUAAGCCCUCUAUAGAUAACUGGAUGAAUUAGAAACUGUACUCAAAUUUUCAUGAUUUUUGUUUUAGUUCAUAUAGGAUGCAUGAAAUAAGUCAAAAUUCAGCAUAUAGACAUUCUCCACAUAUCUAUCUCUCUGAUCCAUACUAGCCUAUAUUUAGGACCUUUUGCAGGUUUGGUCAAAUUUUGACAUGUCCCUAUUUUUGACAUGUCCCUAUUUUUUAUUCAUGUCAUGUCAUGUCCCCCCACUAUAGUGGGUCAGAGAAAUGAGGACUACCUGCAUGAAUUCCUCUGUGAACUAACAGAAUGGAACAAAUUUACAUACAGAUCAGAAUUCUGAUCCAGACGUCUCGUGUCUGUGCUCAUGUGAUUGUAGAUUAUGUUAUUGAUUUAGGGUGUUGAGAAAGGACUCCUGGAACAAAUCACGUAUUUAACUGAAGUUGCUACAGGACAACCACACGAAGGGUCGAUAUAUGGCGCAGAAAAAGUAAGAACGCAUCUUGAUCAUGACUUGAAAAACUUCAAUUGUAAGGAUAAAUUAAUCAUUUUUAUUUUCUAGGACUUUUCACUGACUUGUCAAGGAACCAGGAUUGCAAAGCAACAUGUUGAGGACUUAGUACAAGAAUUUCAAAAUCAAACAUGA